AUGAUUUCGUAACUUCUAGAUGAAAUGACUGUGGCUUCAGGAAAAUAAAAAAAGGAAAUGAAUAAGAUUAAUUAUAAACAUUAAAGAAGAACGAGAGAUGUAAUUAACACAGAAAAAUAAGAAAAAUUAGAAAACAAAGAAAUAGAUGUUGGUUUACCAAGAAUUAAGGACAAGGAAGAAGUUUAUUAAGAAUUAAAAAGAAGAUUUAGAAUGGCAUGGAAAAGUCCUGGAUUCAAAAACGAUGAAUUUACUAAAAUACCAACAUUGAAGGGUAAAAUAUUGAAUGAAUGGGAAAUAUUGCGGAUAAAUUUGGCAGAGAGAAGUUAUAAGGCUCCUUAAGGCUUCAAAGGAUUCAAAAUACCUAGUCAAUAUUAAGAAUUCUAAAAACCAAAGACACCACCAGGAGUAAAGAAAUAAUUGGAUGAAUUCAGAUUAGAUUUUGAGGAUUUUGUUUAAAGACCAAGCAAAUAUGGAAAAGUGCAUGAGGACGAAAUGUUAGAAAAAGUUAGGAUAAAUAAUAAGGAACCAUUUAGAUUGACCAAUAGUGUUCAACAUAAUGAAUUUGGUUUUGAUCCACAUUUAACUUGGGAAGCAGAAAUGAAUAGAAAAUAAUCUAGCAGUAAAAAAUUUAAUAAAUGA